CGCUUUCCUCUGACUACCUGACGCUUGCCGUUAUUUCCCCUUACAACAGAGAAGGAAAUGUGACGACACCGUUUGAUCUUCUAUGUACUCUCACAACCCCGCGCCCGCUCUUACUUCAGUCAUGGCUCUCGUCGUCCUGCUCCUAACUCAUCUCCUGCACUUGGCCCAAGACUCUCAUGGCUUUAAUAUCGAUGUUCAGCAGCCACAGAUGUUUCGCCAGAAUGGCAUCAAGCAGUUUGGAUACAGAGUGCGGCAGUUUGACUCCAAUGAUGAAAAAUGGAUUAUUGUCAGCGCCCCCCACAAGAAGCAGAGCCCUAAUGACAGAGCUGGAGGAAUCUUCAAGUGUAUGAAUGGAACAGCAGACUGUCAGUCCAUAAACAAUCCAGGGUCUGAACAGAAUUUGCCGGUAGGCCUGUCCCUGUCUACUAACGGCUCGUCUCUGCUCACAACCUGCAGCCCUGUGUUGGCCCACGAGUGCGACAAGAACAUGUACUUCAAUGGAAUCUGUUACACCUACGACAAGGGGCUCAAUCUCAUAGAGAAGGACACGGUUACACCCCUUUACCAAGAAUGCACCAAACGCAACAUUGACCUGGUAUUUCUAUUUGAUGGCUCUGAAAGUCUUAAGGGUGAUGAUUUCACAAACAACAAGAAUUUCAUCAUUGACAUCAUGAAGAACUUGACCAACACUUCCAUACAGUUUGCUGCAGUGCAGUUCUCUUCGGAUGUUCGCACAGAGUUCAAUUUUUCCAGCUAUCAGGAAAUUAGAGACCCGGAGAAACUCCUGGCCAAUGUGCAGCAUAUGAAGCAGUUGACCAACACACACAACGCCUUGGAUUACACGAUUGGAAAUCUUCUGUACAACACCAAAUAUGGAGCAAAAGAGAAUGCGACCAAAGUGCUGCUGAUCAUCACAGAUGGGGACCCCACUGACUAUAACGAUGAUUACAAUUACGUGACCAAACGUCUGGACGAAAAACACAUCAUCAGAUAUGUCAUUGGGAUUGGCAAUGUGAAGAUUGAAAAUCUGAAGAGCCUGGCUUCUGAACCCAGAAACAACAACACCUUCUAUAUUGACAACUACAAAGGCCUCAAAGGUAUCCUGGACAACCUGCAGGCUAAAAUCUACAACAUUGAAGGUGAGAAGAACGCAGACAGCAGGUCCUUUGUAAACGAGAUGUCACAGAGCGGGUUCAGCGUAGCCUAUGCUGAGGACCGCCUGUUUCUGGGAGCUGUUGGGACCUCGGACUGGGCUGGCUCAGUUCUAGAGAUGAAGCCUGACGUGAAAACUCCAGUCAUUCUUCCCAUGGCCCCUGACAAGGACACCUACCUUGGAUACUCCAUAGCAGUAGGCCACCUAGGGAAGGCCUCCCUGGUCAUAGCUGGUGCUCCAAGAUACAAACACAAAGGCAUGGUGGACAUCUUCUACAAUUCUGGGAAACUCUGGGAGAGAGUGCAGAAUCUUACUGGAGAUCAGAUCGGCUCAUACUUUGGAGGUGAAGUGUGCGCAGUGGACCUGAACAGUGACGGCUUCACCGACAUACUGCUAGUGGGAGCGCCACAAUACUACAAGCCUAAAACAGAAGGCAUGGUCUAUGUGUACCGUGUGGGAGCGGCGCCCACUGUUACAUUUCUUUUCAACGUGAGUGGAGAAACUGGGUUCCAGUCGGCCCGUUUUGGUUCGUCCAUUUCCAUGAUCCAAGAUCUCAAUGAGGACGGACUGAUGGACAUCGCCAUUGGUGCCCCGCUAGAGGAUGACAACAGAGGCAGCGUGUACAUUUUCCAUGGAUCAGCAAACGGCAUGAACUCCAGGUACUCACAGCGAAUCGAGGGACGUCUUCUGUCCCCGGACCUCCAGUUCUUUGGACAGUCGAUUCACGGAGCGAUGGACAUCAAUGGAGACGCGCUCACUGAUAUUGCUGUUGGAUCCCUCGGCACAGUCGUUUUACUCAGUUCCAGGCCAGUCUUGAAUGUCACGGCUAAAAUCCUCUUUGAACCCAGUGAGAUCUCGAUCAGCCGCUUUGACUGCCUCUCCGAAGGCAAGGAGGAAUCUGUAGGGAACGUGACUGUUUGCUUCCGGGUGUGUCGAGCAAACGGAAGGAAUUCAGACGACGUUAUCAAUAUCUCCUACUGGCUGGAGCUGGACAGUUUUCGUCUGCGCAGCAGAGCUUUCUUUGGGAACAACAAGAGGCUGCUACCCAAAGUGACACUGAUGGCUGUAGGAGAACACUGUUUUCCAUAUGAUGUCCAGAUGCCAAAAUGCGUGGAGGACACUUACUCACCUGUCAAAAUUAAGCUGAACUUCACUCAGAUUGAGCUUCUGAACAUGGAGGGUCGUCUGACGGCGAUCCUGAAUCAAGCAAGUGAGACCACAGUGCUAAGCGAGGUUGCAUUUGAGAAGAGCUGCGGAAAGAACGUCACUUGCAUUGCAGACUUGCAGCUGAGUGCCAGCUUCUCCAAUGUGCGCUCUCUGAUUGUGGGGGCUCAGCGUCGCCUGAAUGUGACAGUCCUGCUGGAGAACGUUGGUGAUGAUUCCUACAACACAACCCUCUCGUUCUUCUACCCGCCGGCGCUAUCCUUCGCUAAGAAUGAGCUAAUCCAGUUCAAUAGGAAAGCCACAGCCAGCUGUCAUGACGGGAGAGACAUUGAAAGCGGUGGGCGGACCAUAUGCAAAGUCAGCCCCCCAAUAUUCCCUGGUAAGACAAUGGCCGUGUACCUCAACAUGUUUGACAUCAACUUUAACAGCGCAUGGAAUGAAACGAUAGAAAUGAACAUCCGAGUAGCAAGUGGCAACAGAAACGCGUCUGCUGGAAACACGUCUGUGACGAUAAGCCUUCCCAUUCAGUAUGCUAUCAACGUGAUGAUCAGGGGUGAGGAGUCUACCACGUUCAUGAACUUCUCCACAAAUGUGCAGGAGAAGAAGAUUCUCACCCACAAGUAUCAGGUGAAGAACAUCGGGCAAUAUGUUCUCCCCGUCAACAUCACCUUCUACCUGCCAGCUGAGUUCAAUCAGACCUUCACGUGGAACUCGGGCGAGCCUUUCACGAAGAAUGCAAACUGUUCCCAAAAGAAAGUCGAGGAGAAAACUGAAGAGAUGAAACAGGAAUGUCCUGCAACCCGAUGUAUCGUGUACCACUGCGAAAUCAAAUCUCUCAACCAAUCAACACCCGUCUACUUCACGUUUGAAGGGGAGGCGUAUUUCAACAUGUCUGCGCACCCAAAGAAACUGGGCUUUUCAUCUGAGACCAAGAAUGUGACGAUUCAGAGCAAGGCCUAUCUUACAUAUGACCAGAACCUCUAUGUUCAGUUUGGUACGGAGGAUUCCAAAAGACAGGGUCGCUACCAUACUGCUGAGAUCUCGACGCAUGUAGACCUGACCAUUGAGCUGAACCUGCAUUUUGUUUAUGGUGUGGGAGCUGGUGGCGGUCUUCUGUUUCUAUUACUUCUCAUCGUUGUUUUCUAUAAGUGUGGCUUUUUCAAGCGUAAGAAAUUUGAUGAAGAUGAGCAAGGAGAUAGCAUGAAUUUUGAAGCGGAAUUGGAUCAAAUGAGCACCUUGCCCUCCAAGGAUACACAAAAAAAUGAUGUGGCCGAUGGAGAAAAGAAACCUCCGACUGAAAAAGACCCACUCAGUGGUGAAUAGUUGACAGCUACAACAAUAGGAGGGGAACCAGGCCUUGGCUGGAGGAGACUGGCUGGUGGUUCUUCAAGAAGGACUCUGGCCUACACUGGAGAUUAACCCAAUUGUAUUCUUUGGACACAACCACUUCAAAUGGCAAUCGAAUUGUGUGAACUGUCAGACUAGAGCGGACACUAGUGGAUCUCAGAUUGCGACCAGAAAAUUAAUGACUUAUCCACAUUUUCCAGCUAGAUGAUAUUACCAGAUAACGUCCUUCAAUUGGGAAUUUCUACACAUCUGAGGAACGUUUCAUUCUUUAUCAUUGAUGUGAAUAAUUUUCUUGACUAAUAUGCAGACCAACAGCUAUUUUUCAUUUAUUUAUUUUAAAAUCGAUAAAAAUGUGUUUUUUUAGUUGCAUGAACUAAGAAGGUACAUGUUGUAUUCAAGCUCCCGGAUAAACUUCAAUGCAAAAAAAUUGGUGACACGAUCAGAGACGCAGAGCUGUACAGUAAGGGUACACGAAUCAGUGGCCUGUCCCUCCAUUUAUUGUUCUGAAGCUAAACUUGAGAAGUCAAAGUUAUUAGCAAUUGUGGAGCAAUAGCCAUAAUGACUAUAAAUGUAAAUGUAUAUCGCACUUAUCAAGUGGUUUUAUUUGACUGCUGCCUCUUUCCUGAUUUCCACGGGACUGACGUGAACGUACAUUUGUGAGUCAAGCAAACCUUAAUCAGUGAAUGACCUUUCUACAUCAUCAUUCUUACAAAUAUAAUACAAUAUAAAACUACAACAUGGCUGUGAUAGACUCUCUGGCUACUCAUAUAAUUAUAUCUAAUGCUGCAGCUCUCAUGAGACGUUCUUAGCAAGAUAACGCCACAGAUGGCAGGCCAAAGGGUAAUUUUCUGUGCUUUAGUACAAAUAUUUGGAAUUAAUUAAUCAUUGUGACGUCUGGCAUUUCAGCUGAUAAUUACAAUUUGAGCCGAAAUAGGCAUAGUCAAGCUAAUGACACAGCAACAUGGCUUUACUUUGAAUUGCUCUCUCAUUGCUGUUUGAGCAUUAUAAAAAGUUUUAUAAUCACUCCAGUUCUUUAGAGAAAGUAUUUUUAAAGGUAAUCUAAGAUAAAAAUGAACUCGUGUUGGAUUCCCUGCAUUCGAAAGCAUGCCUAGAUUUUACGAAACCCACUGAAUGAGUCGUUAUUGACAAUUCAGUCCACCACGAAAAAAAUCCUGACGACUCCAGAGAUAUAAUGACAAAAAAAAAGGAAAUACACCAUUAAGAAAGGUCUGGGGGCAUUUUUAGUGAAAUAGCAAAUAUUGUGUGACACUAGCGGUCGCUGUUGCCCCGUGAAACCCACCAGACAAACGUCCAGACACCAGGUAAAAGUACCAGAAAUAAUUUUAAUUUCUUCUUUCUGAUCUUGUGCCACAGUAGACACCACAAACACCACCAUAAACAAAUAAAUCAAUAAUCAAUAAUACAAUAAAUCCUUCUCUCCUCCCAGCAGCUCCGUCACACUACCACCCAACUCUGGCUCAGCUUGCUGGGUUUCCCAUAGUCCUUUAAAUAGUCCAUGACCUGUCCUUCAGUCCAUGUGAUUCACUAGCACUUCCCGGUCAGUUGAAGACUUAUAUUUUUCUUACUUCUGUUCUUCCAUCCCCGUGACUAGGGAAAAUAGAAAUCCCUGUGUCUCCCUGCAGCGUCACCUGAUGGCACCCAUGGCACCCAGCCAACUCCAUCUCUUACGAUGCCCUGCAGGAAUCCGGGGCACCUCCAUGCUGCAGGGAGGACUCCAUCUAGCGGCCUGGAUGUGUUGGCCGGGAUAAGCUGCCGGCCAUCGCUCACAUCUGAAAGAUCCGUUUACUUUAUGCUUUGUUCUUAGACCCUCUUUUUAUUAAAGAAACUCACAAUCCUGCUGACUACACCUUUUUUAUUAUCCUAAACAGACCAUAAAGGAUUAAUUUCUUCUGUUUUAGUCUGGGUUGAGUAGUGUUUUCAUAGUUUUGGAAAUUAAAUACAUUUAUUUCUUGUU